UGUUGUUGAUUUGAGUUAUGAUGGAGCCGUCAGUGAGCGUACAUGUGACAGUGGACUGUCGGCUGCAGUGUAAUGAAACGGGAGAUGAUUUUGCUCCAUCAAAACUCGGAACAAAAGAGUACUGGGAUGAUGCUUAUAAAAGGGAGUUGCAGUCUUACAAGGAUAUCGGAGAUGUGGGAGAAAUAUGGUUUGGUGAGGAAAGCAUGGACAGAGUGAUCAGAUGGAUGGCAGCGCAAAAUUUACCCAAAAAUGCUUCCGUGCUUGACAUUGGGACUGGAAAUGGAAUCUUCCUUGUGGAACUGGCCAAGAAUGGUUACUCAAAUCUUACCGGUAUUGACUAUUCCAAGACUGCUUUAGAGCUUACAACAAAUAUUCUUGAAGAGGAAGGUUUUACAAAUAUAACAAUUCAGGUUGAGGAUUUCCUAAACCCCAGCACAGAAAUAAAGAGUUUUGAUACAUGUAUAGAUAAAGGUACGUUUGAUGCCAUUAGUUUGAGUCCAGAAGGCAGGGAAGAAGCAAAAACACGCUAUGUGGCAUCUUUAAGAACUGUUCUGCAGCCAGAGGGCUUCUUCAUUAUCACCUCCUGCAACUGGACCAAAGAGCAGCUGCUGCAGAUCUUCAGACCUGGCUUUGAGUUGGUACAAGAACUGCCUACGCCUCGCUUUCAGUUUGGUGGUGUGACAGGAAAUAGUGUGACGGCUUUAGUGUUCAAACGAAAUGACUGAUUUCCAAAUUUAAUACAAAUCUAUUACUACAAAUAAUGCAUUUGUGUAGUUCCUUUUUUCUGUUUUCUUCCUGUCAUUUCAGUUCUAUCGUUUUUUAAUAAAAAGGUUUUGAACAUUUCUCAUUGGCUAAAUCAUUACAUUUUCUACGUUUAACACUUUUAACAACAUACUUUUAGCAUCUGCUAAAUGACUAAAUGUAAAUGUAAACAUGUUUGGUGUAAUAGCAAGCUAAUACUCAACAAAUUAACAUAACAAUUUGUUCAUAUUGUGGAAUAAGUCAGAGUGACUUCUUAUUUCAAGAUCAAUGACUGUAUUCUUAUUGACAAGCCCAAUCUCAUUGAUUAUAAAGGAUUGUUUGGUCUAUAGUAGUGUUGGCUCGAUACCAAAAUUCUGGCUUCGGUACGGUACCAGAAUCUAAUACCGGUAAUAUCGGUACCACAGGUGAUCAAUAACCAGCCCCAAAAUAAAUUAUUUGAAAAAAUAUUAAUAAGACUGCAUGAAACUGCUUUAAUGCAUAUUUUAUAUAUUAUUUUUAUAUUUUAUAUAGCACAGUUUUAUUUUUACACUGUAUUACUGAAAAAUGCUUUGGUUAUAUAGAUUUAUCAUCAUAAUCCCACAAAUAUGAACAAUUAAAUUUUGAACAACAAUUAAAUGUUUCAAGUAGGUCUAUUUAACAGAAGCAUUCAAGAUGAAAAUUGAAUGAUCAAUAAAAAUAA